AUAUCCUGAAAAGCCAAGCUGUUCCCAUAGUGAGAAUGGAGAUUCCAGGAGCAGUGAUGUGCCGAAAGAGGGAGCGUUGGAGACUGUGAAAAGAAAGGGGGUCUGGACUCCUCUCGAAACUUUCCACCUGCGCUAUCUUUCCGUCACGGAUCUCACUGCUCAGGUGUGGUGUGAACAGCAGAUGGUGUAUAAGAGAGAGUUGCCGGGUCUGGUGCUUCCUGAGGAUACUCUGGUGCUGAACAUGGGGAAGAGCAUCCAUCUUGCCAGAGAGCUGGAAAGCCAUGAUCUGGUGCCAGUGUCUACCACAAGCCGAGAAGAUUCAUGGGCAAUAAAAUUGCUUAAUCUUUUGGUUAUGAUUCCUGUCCUACAAGCAGGCCAACAUGUUCGGGAAUUCCCAGUAUUUGGAGUGCUAGAAGAUGUUUUUGUGGUCGGUAUCAUUGACCAACUGGGCUAUACAGCGAAAGGAGAGCUGGAGCUGAAUGAACUGAAGACGCGGAGUGAAGCUUUCAUGCCCUCAGCUGCACAGAAGAAGCGGGAUCAUUUUCAGGUUUCAUUAUAUAAGUAUAUGUUUGAUGCCAUGGUGCAAGGCAGCCUACCGUUGGAUAGCUUUGCCCGUCAUCUUCACCUGAGGCCUGAGCAGCUCCUUGGGACCCCGGUACAAGAGCAAGCCCUGAAAGCAGGCUUCACCGUAGGCCAUUUCCAAGACCUCCUGGAGUUGCUGUCUCUCAAC